UCCUGUGUGUUAAACUUGUUCUUCGUUGAACAGCAAUGCUUCUCUGUUUGGCGUGGAGAUUAAAAAAAAACAAACAAACUUUGAAUUUCCGCCAUGGAUGUUGGGUGGUGCUUUUUCUUUCUUCUUGUGCAAAGUCUCUUGUUCUUGCCUUCACAUACGCAGAGCGAUUCGUUCACAUCGGUUCUCGUAUCUCAAAACGGCCUCGAUUUCGUCAAAAACCUGCUCGUUAACAAAGCUAUAGCGUCGAUUAUACCUCUCCAGAUUCCCAGAAUCGAGAAAUCUGUGAGGAUCCCGUUCCUCGGAGGAAUCGAUGUUGUCGUGUCGAACCUCACGAUAUACGAGCUUGAUGUUGCGUCGUCUUACGUUAAGCUUGGUGAGACAGGUGUUGUCAUCGUCGCUUCGGGGACGACCUGCAAUUUGAGUAUGAAUUGGCAUUAUUCUUACUCUACUUGGCUUGCUCCAAUAGAAAUCUCCGAUCAGGGGAUUGCAUCUGUUCAGGUUGAAGGCAUGGAAAUCGGGCUGUCACUAGGCUUGCAAAGUGAUGAAGGAGGCUUGAAACUCUCUCUUUCAGAAUGUGGAUGCCAUGUGAAUGACAUAUCUAUUGAGUUGGAAGGAGGAGCAUCAUGGUUUUAUCAGGGGAUGGUUAAUGCAUUUAAAGACCAAAUUGGAGCCAGUGUGGAGAGUACGAUUGCCAAGAAACUCAGUGAAGGAGUAUCAGACCUUGAUUCAUUCCUGCAAAGCCUUCCAAAGGAAAUCCCAGUAGAUGAUAAAGCUGCACUUAACGUCACCUUCACUAGUGAUCCUAUAUUGAAAGAUUCAUCCGUCACUUUCGAGAUCGAUGGCUUGUUCACCAAAAGAGAAACGAAUCAAGACUUAAAGUCCUUCUUCAGAAAUUCUGCAUCUUCAGCUAUCUGCCCUGGAAAUUCUAAAAUGCUCGGAAUUUCAGUGGAUGAAGCCGUCUUUAACUCUGCUGCGGCUUUGUACUACAAUGCAGAAUUUAUGCAAUGGAUAGUGGAUAAAAUACCAGAGCAGACCCUUUUAAACACUGCUAGGUGGAGGUUCAUCAUUCCACAACUAUACAAGAAGUACCCAAACCAGGAUAUGAACCUCAACAUCAGUUUGUCUUCGCCUCCACUUGUAAAGAUAUCAGAGGAAUAUGUUGGAGCUAAUGUUGACGCAGACCUAGUAAUUGAUGUUCUACAAGCAGACCAAGUGAUACCAGUGGCAUGCAUCUCAUUGGUGAUCCGAGGGUCAGGUGCUCUCAGAGUCAUGGGUAAUAACCUUGGAGGCAGCGUAAGAUUAGAAGACUUCUCCAUGUCUUUGAAAUGGAGCAACAUUGGAAAUCUCCAUCUCCAUCUUCUUCAGCCAAUAGUGCGGACUGUAAUACAAACGGUGUUUGUGCCAUAUGCAAACGACCAUCUAGAAAAGGGAUUCCCUUUGCCUAUAAUCCGAGGAUUCACACUUGAGAAUGCGGAAAUCAUCUGCUCAAACUCUGAAAUCGCAGUUUGCAGCGAUGUCGCCUACUUGGAUUCAUCCCAACAGCUUCGAUCACGUUUGACCUUACCAAGAUCUACGCCUUGGAAAAGCAAGUUGUUGUAGCUUACAGUUGUAAGUGUAGACUCAACUACCAAGACGAACUAAGCUUUGUAUAUUAUCACUUUUGUAUUAUAUGUUUGACUAAACUGUUUAUGCUACUUUCUACUGUAUAAGAAAUUU